AUGAAUGCAAACAUUGUUAAUCGGAACAUUAGGGGGGAAGGGGAUGCGAGUAAGAGGGCUAUUAUUAAUGAAGCAUUAUUGAGAAGUAAACCAAAUGUUGUUGUUUUACAAGAAACUAAGACAGAGGUUAUUACACAAAGUUUUUGUAGAAAAUUAUGGAACAAGAAUGAAGUUCAGUUUUGUUAUGUUCCAUCGCAAGGGGCUUCAGGUGGUAUGUGCAUCAUGUGGUUGGAAGAUGAGUAUGAAUUAUUAGACACAUUAGAAGAUCAGUAUACUCUUUCAUGUAUGUUUAAAUCUAGAAGGGAUGUGACGAAAUGGUUUGUUACUGGGGUAUAUGCACCAAAUGAUAGAGUGCGGAGAAGGAGAGUUUGGAGGGAUAUUGCUAGUGUUUUGGGAGUCUGGGAUAUACCGGGGUGUAUUGUAGGAGAUUUCGACACAAUUCGCUUUGUCGAGGAGAAGAACAAAGAUAUUACCGCUAACAGAGUUAAUAGCAAAUGGGAGGAGAUGUUUCCUGACACCACACAAAGCGCAAGACCUAGACCCACUUCUGAUCACUACCCAUUGCUACUUAAUACUCAUGGGAUUACUGUUGGUCACUUACCUUUCAAGUUUGAGAUCAUGUGGAUGGAAGACAACUCACUUUAUGAUUUGAUCAAGGGGUGGUGGGAAGGGUAUGAAGUUUCUGGAAAUCCGGGGUACAUCUUCUGGAAGAAAUUACAAUUGCUCAAGGGAGAUUUAAAGAAAUGGAACUGGACACAUUUUGGCAGUACUAAGAGAGUGAUGGAUGACAUUUUGGCCAACAUUCAUAUUAUUGAUCAGAAGGAUGAAGCUCGUGAAGCGACAUUGGAGGAUAGAUUGGAUAGAAUCAACCUUAAAAACGACUUUAAAAAAUGGGCUAGACUAGAGGCUUUGAGGCUGAAAAGUAAGGCGAAAGACAAGUGGGUGGACGAGGGCGAUAACAAUACUGGGUAUUUUCAUAGGUGUGCGAACCAGAGGAGAAGGCGGAACUUCAUUAGUUGUUUGGUAAUUGAUGGGGUAUUACAGGAUGAUAAUACUGUAAUUAAGGGCCACAUUGAUGAUUAUUAUACUGGGUUGUACAAGGAAAAUAGUUCUCAGAGACCAUUUAUGGAGGAUGUUCGCUUCUCAUCAAUCUCUCCGGACGAAAAUUCCAGAUUAGAAAGACCAAUUACCGAGGAAGAAAUUCUGGGAACUAUUCAGGAAAUGGAGCAUGAUAAGGCUCCGGGACCUGAUGGGUAUCCAAUAGAGGUGUUCACUAGAUAUUGGAGGAUUUUAUGA